AUGAUAUCAAUCACAUGUUUCGUUGUCUCAGACAUCGCAGAUUAUCAGCUGAUCUACUGCCAGCCAGAAGGAGUCAAGUCGACAUUCGCUGCUCCUCCAGCAGCGCCACCGGCGAACCAUUUGGACGCUCGUGAAUCCUUCGCCAUAAACACACAAUACCGGGCGGUGAAUAUUAUAAGUGAAGCCAAAAUGGAGGCGCGCGAAGGGAACGGUCGCGAGGACGCCGGUGUACAGGACGACGCUGUGCGGGAGGUUACGCAUGCGCAGUCCGAGCAGGAGGCAGAGAGGGAGGCUUCCGCAGACGACGCGCAUUGCGCCAGACGCCGGGUGGAGCGCAAGGUGGAAGCGUUCAAGAGGCGAUGCGGCGAGGUCGUCCCUUCGUCGACGGAGAUCGACUUGCGCGACGCGGUCACCAGAGGGCGUCUGCACGACGUCCGCCGCCUCUUGGCGCAAGGCGUCGACCUCGACAACUGCCACCUCCACGGGACUCCCAUCGUCACGCUGGCGGUCUCCACCAAGAAGGCCACCCCGGCCGUCGUCGCGUUGCUUCUGGAGCACGGGGCCGACGUGAACGCGGUCAACGUGUACGGGAUGACGGCGCUGCACAGCGUCGCCAUCAAGAACCACAGCCCCGCGUGCGUGCGCCUGCUGCUGGAGGCGGGGGCGGGAGUGGAUGAUAGGGACCUGGAGGGGCGGGCGCCACUCCACUGGGCGGCGUGGAGCAACGAGGAGGAGCUGGUCCGCGCGCUGCUGGCGGCCGGCGCCGACGCGGACCUGCGCUGCUGGGGCGGGCAGUGGGCGGGCAAGACGCCGCUCGACCUCGCCACGGCAGACGCCGUCCUGGAGAUGCUGCGGGCGGCGACCGCGGCCGGAGACCACGCCGCCACUUAA